GCCUCCAGCGGAAGCCGGAAGCAAAAGCAGUCCCUGCUAGCCCCCGGCUCCGAACUCGAUGGUCUUGGAGGCUCCGCAGGAUGGGGGAGAAGAUGGCGGAAGAGGAGCCCUGGGCACAUAGUAGUGAAGGAGGCCGACCAGGAGCCGCCCUCCGGUUCCCUAACACAACUCACGAAGGUUUCAAUGUCACCCUCCACACUACCCUGGUUGUCACCACGAAACUGGUGCUCCCGACCCCUGCCAAGCCCAUUCUCCCUGUGCAAACAGGGGAGCAGGCUCAGCAGGAGGAACAGUCGAGCGGCAUGACCAUCUUCUUCAGCCUCCUCGUCCUAGCCAUCUGCAUCAUAUUGGUGCAUCUACUGAUCCAAUACAGAUUACAUUUCUUGCCGGAGAGUGUUGCGGUUGUUUCUUUAGGUAUUCUCAUGGGAGCAGUUAUAAAAAUUAUAGAGUUCAAAAAAUUGGCAAAUUGGAAGGAAGAAGAAAUGUUUCGUCCAAAUAUGUUUUUCCUCCUCUUGCUUCCUCCUAUUAUAUUUGAGUCAGGAUAUUCGUUACAUAAGGGUAACUUCUUUCAAAAUAUUGGCUCCAUCACCCUGUUUGCUGUUUUCGGUACAGCAAUUUCCGCUUUUGUAGUAGGUGGAGGAAUUUAUUUUCUGGGUCAGGGGUUUUUUUUUUGUGUCUGUGUAUUUGUGUGUUUUAUUUUACAGGCUGAUGUAAUCUCUAAACUCAACAUGACAGACAGCUUUGCGUUUGGCUCCCUGAUUUCUGCCGUCGACCCGGUGGCCACUAUUGCCAUUUUCAAUGCGCUUCACGUGGACCCAGUGCUCAACAUGCUGGUUUUUGGAGAGAGUAUCCUCAACGACGCAGUCUCCAUUGUCCUGACCAACACAGCUGAAGGUUUAACAAGGAAAAAUAUGUCAGAUGUCAGUGGGUGGCAAACAUUUUUACAAGCCCUUGGCUACUUCCUCAAAAUGUUCUUUGGCUCAGCAGCACUCGGCACUCUCACCGGCUUAAUCUCUGCAUUAGUGCUAAAGCAUAUUGACUUGAGGAAAACGCCUUCCUUGGAGUUUGGCAUGAUGAUCAUUUUUGCUUAUCUUCCUUAUGGGCUCGCAGAAGGAAUCUCCCUCUCGGGCAUCAUGGCCAUCCUGUUCUCAGGCAUUGUGAUGUCCCACUACACGCACCAUAACCUGUCCCCGGUCACCCAGAUCCUUAUGCAGCAGACCCUCCGGACCGUGGCCUUCCUGUGUGAAACAUGUGUGUUUGCAUUUCUUGGCCUGUCCAUUUUUAGUUUCCCUCACAAGUUUGAAAUUUCCUUUGUCAUCUGGUGCAUAGUGCUUGUACUGUUUGGCAGAGCGGUGAACAUUUUUCCUCUUUCCUACCUCCUGAAUUUCUUCCGUGAUCAUAAAAUCACCCCGAAGAUGAUGUUCAUCAUGUGGUUUAGCGGCCUGCGGGGCGCCAUCCCAUACGCCCUGAGCCUGCACCUGGACCUGGAGCCCAUGGAGAAGCGGCAGCUCAUCGGCACCACCACCAUCGUCCUGGUGCUCUUCACCAUCCUGCUGCUGGGCGGCAGCACCAUGCCUCUCAUCCGCCUCAUGGACAUCGAGGACGCCAAGGUGCGCCGCCGGAGCAAGAAGGACGUCAACCUCAGCAAGACGGAGAAGAUGGGCAACACCAUCGAGUCAGAGCACUUGUCCGAGCUCACAGAGGAGGAAUAUGAAGCCCAUUACAUCAGGCGGCAGGACCUCAAAGGUUUCGUGUGGCUGGAUGCCAAGUACCUGAACCCCUUCUUCACGCGGCGGCUAACUCAGGAGGACCUCCACCAUGGGCGCAUCCAGAUGAAAACCCUCACCAACAAGUGGUACGAGGAGGUGCGCCAGGGCCCCUCCGGCUCCGAGGACGACGAGCAGGAGCUGCUGUGACGGAGCAGAGCGCCCCGUCCAGCCUCCUCGUGGCUCCCACGACAGAAGCUCCGCAAGGGCCCCGGAGGGGCUAACAUGGGGCAGCCCCCUCAGGGGAGAUGGAAGCAGGGGGAAGCAAAGGCCUUGGUCUUCGGAAACCGGACGUCCCUGGCCCUUGGAGCCAGCUGUCCGCUUCCGAAGUAGGUCGCGUCCCUGGGCCUCAGCGCGCAGGACCUCUGCUCUCCGUGUUGCUUCUCAGCCCGCAGAUCAGAGGGAGCAGCUGUCCGGGUAAAUCUUCUUUCUGCUUCUGCGGCCAGGGUGCAGAGUCCUCUGCCGGACUGAGGGACCCAAGAAGAGGAGCCGCGUCCUGCUGUGGAGCCUGCCGUGACUGGGGUGCUGCGGGAGCUGGGGCUUCUGCCGUUCCCAGCCACGGCCUGCAUCACAGGACCGCCUGCCUGUUCCAGCAGCACGAGGAGUCAGCCGCCAUUUCCCUUUGGUCAUCAAGGUGCCCGUGGUCUCAGCAGCAGCCGUUCGGACCUAAGUGGUGGGCUCGGAAAUCUGGAAAACCUCAUGCUCCCCUUUGUGAUGUUGCUUGCACUCCCUGAGGAGGAAGAACCUAGUGACCUUUUUCUU